AUGAUUACAGAUAUAAAUAUUAAUAAUGAUGAUGAUGAAAGAAAUGUAAUCGAUGCACAAUGUUGUAGUAUACCUUGUUAUAAUACACCUGUAUGUCUGUCUUACUACAGUGCAAUAUGUCAAUCAAAUAAAACCAAAAACAUGAUGUUGGAAGAAAAAAUUUGUAUGGAUGGUAAUACGUUUCAGAUAUCAAUAACCCCGGAAUUCGAUUUUCUCAAUGGUACAUUUAUGUGUCAUUUAAAACAAUCCAAAUUGUCACGGGGAUUUCGAUUGAAAUUUUCACUAGAUUUAUCUGAGCUUAUUGAACAAGAGGUCAACACUCGACCUAUAUUUUCAGUUGAAAGUCAACACAAGUUUGAUGCUACUGAGAAAUACAAACUAAAUAUCAAUGCACUAGAUGUUGAAAUUUCAGUGGACGAAUUGAACGAAAGUCUUUUCCACAGUUUCAAAGAGGCUAUCCUAUUAGGUCGAAAAGUGGAAACACAUAAAGCAUAUGAAUUUUUUGUACAUAAGCCUCCAACGACCAAUAAGAUUAAAAGCAUUCAUUCGCCUGUUGAACAUCUCCUACAUAUGGACUCAGCAUUUACAACGAUCCAUAGCAAUAAACCACAUGCAUUUAGUUCUAUAAAUUGGAGACACAAUGGGUGUGAUUCAGAUAUCUUUCAAAAUAUCAAGCUGACAAAAGCCUUGUCUGAUCCUUCUUCUAAAGGUCAUCCAGUUGACAUUUAUCCAGCUUCAAAUGUCAAAAUAACAAAUGCACCACGUUCCAUGUCAAGUAAAGAACACAAUGUUUAUUCGAAUAAACCGCACAGAUUUCGAUUCAAUGAUAAACAUACAAUCUUAUCGAGAGCCCACAUUAAACUGUCAGGUAAUCAUUCAGUCUUACGAUCAGUCUUUUGCAAAAGUGAAAAUAUUUCAACAAAUUUCAAAUUACAUACAAUUAUAGCGGGAAAAUCAAUAGGACAAUAUCGAACUACGCGUAAAGCAGUAAAAACAUCAGUGAAAUUUGUUAAUAAUUCACUAGGUCAAGAAAUAAUUCAUAUUCUUGUGACAGGCUACGUGACAGGAACACCAGCGUACUUCAAUUUCAAACUAAUUUGGCCUGCAAAUCCAUUGAUUUUAAGUAAUCAUGAUAUUAUUGUAUUGAAUUCACAAACAAAAGAUUAUUUCAAACCAAAUCAAAAAUUACAAUCAUUUCAGUUAACUUAUCAAAUCGAUAUUAAUUCGAUCAGCGAGAUUCCAUCGAAAACAUUAUUUCAGUCAUCAUUUCGGUCAACAAUAAUUUUUGAUCUAAUUAUCCAAGACUGUGAUGACGACAGUGUGGCACUAAGAAUAUACACUCCACUUUUCAAAUAUCGAAAAACAGAAAAAAUGCUUCAGGGUAGUGUUGCUGACGGAUCAAUACUUAGUAUAUAUUCGAACAAGAGCAUCGUGGAAGAAUCGUCACAGAUGGUUAUGUUCAGUCCUUUAUUAUUUAUCACAAUUGGAGUUGGUUUACUUUAUUUUUUAGUAUUGAUAAUAUUUGUAUAUAUAAAACAUUGUAUCGUAUCAAACAAAGGUUAUCCAAUUUCAGUUGGAUAUCAAAAACCAGUUAACAGUAUUCAUUAUGGUGAUGAGGUGCAGUAUUAUCAAUUACUACUUCAUCCAUUUCCUGUCAAAUUCAAUAGGCGUACUUUGUAUUAUGCGACAUCAAGAAAAGGUGAAGAUUACAUUCAAACAUUUCCCUCCAGUAGACAAAUGUUAUAUCAUCCCACCAUCGUUGUAAAUCAGCGCUAUCAUAGUUAUGUGAAAGAAUCUCACAGUUCUUAUCGAACAUUUUCAUCAAAUUCCUCAUGGUUUAAUAAUUAUGCUUGGAAUACAGAAAAUUCACAAAUAAAACGAGUAUUUUUAUUUACACACCUUGCAUUCCGUGUCUUUUAUACCUUUCUAUUUACAUUCAGUGUUGCUGUCUCCUUAGUAUUUAGUUUACAAACUUCUGGUAAAAUUUCAUCAUUUGAUAAUAUUUUACAAUGGCCUAAAAUCAAUCGAGAGUUUAUAGAGUUCAAUUCGCUUCAACAUGGUAUGCAUAUGUCAUCACCUACAUCAGUUUCAACAACAUCGUCCUUGUCAAUGCAUGAAACAGGACUGGAUCAGAUUCAUUUAGUCGGUCCAAUUUUAAGACUUCAAGCUGAAACUCAAUGGAUUGAAGAAUUUACUGACCAAGAGUUAAAAAGGCAACUUGAUUAUGUUGAACGUAUGAAAUUAGCUUGUCAACAUGCUAUGACAGUUGAAUUAACAGAUGCUCUUAGAGAAGGUAGACAUUUGGUAAAAAUUAGGCUUGAAAAAUUGCAAUUCAAUACUACAGCACAAAAUAAUGACAUUUUGAACGAUAGUACAAUAUAUUCUAUCAAUGAAUUAGCAAACCAUCAUUUCAACAAACAACGUACAUUAUUUGAUCAUUUGUAUGAACAAAUAAGUCAACAGUUAGAUUUCCGUCAUUCUGAAUCAUAUAAAAUCUAUGCAAAUAUGCUUAGUUCUGUUUAUCAUUCUGGUUGGCUUCAAUAUGUUAAACGUAUGUUGAAUACAUCAGACAAUGUGGAAAGAAAUCCUGGACACUUUUCCAGCAAUAAAGUAUACACAGAAACUAAGCUUAACUUUCAUGACAAUAUGAGAAGAUAUUACGAAAUUGGUCAACAAAGAUCCGGUAUUAAGGCAUCAUAUGUAGCUUUAAUGAACUAUAUGAAUUUUUACCAAGCUGAUUAUGUUCAUUUAUUACCAUUGCAGUUACUUGAAAAUCUUAAGAAAGUAUUCACCUCUCCGAAUCAUUAUCGUUCAAUAUUUUAUUCAUCUCCAGAAUUAUCUAGUCAUUCCAUGGAUUCUGAAGCCAAGUUUAAAGUGACGAAUCAUCAAGUAAAUAAUAAUAAAAUUCUAAAAAUUCAAAAAACACAUCAAGAACGUGUAUUUCUAACAACAAAUGAUUUAGAAGAAUACACAGAUAGCAUGAUCAAUUCCGUAAGUGAUACAUUUACACAAGAAUAUUCUAGCAAACAACACACUUUUAUUUCAGAAAAUUUUGUUCAGUAUAUUAAACACAAUACACAACAAAGUGCUCAAAGUCAUUUGAACUAUCCAAACAAGCAUUCAAUGUUACCAGUGAUGACUUUGACGCACAUACGUUUAAGUUUACUAAUUUUAGACUGUUUCAUUAUUGCUUAUCGAUUUUUUCAUACAUAUCAAAUUGUCAAAGCUUUUUGGACAGGUCAAACUUUACUUGUUGAUGCAUCAAGCUGGUUAGAGCGACAAGCACACACUACUGUAAGCCAAGAACAAGACAGUGGAAAUUUUCAUGAAACAAAGAAUACACUGACGAAACCAUUUGACAGUCAUUCAUGUACAAAAUUUGAAGGAAAAGAAAAAUGUUCACAAUCAGAUGUUCGUGAUUUCAAUGAAACACCGAAUAAACGCCUCUUAAGAACAGCAUUAUUUCAGUGUCUUCCACAACAUCAAAAUCUAUAUGAAUGUCAACAUGAAAAACAGGCAUUAUAUCAGCCACCGAUUCAUGUAUCUGGAAUCCCCAGAAAUUCGCAAUCUUCAGAAACAACAUCCUCGUCAAUAAAUUCCAGUAGUGUCAUUCAUUCAAAAAAUAAAAAUAAAUCGAAACAGCUCUUUCACCUAAAUUCUUUACAUAACCAGUCAACACAAAACCUAUCUGGAUCAUUCCCCGACAAUACAUUGAUUUCUAUUGGACCACCAUUAUGCCUCCCACCAUCAUCAUCUUUCGGUAUUGAACAAAAUACCAGUUGUAUGUUAGGCAUACGAACCGCAUGCUGUAGAAAGUCACAUUACAUAAGCUCAGUGAUCGGUUUCACUGUGAUCGUUUUAUUAUUCGGUUUAAUACUGAUUCAAAUGUACAAACCACAUGUAGCGGUAUCGAAAACAGCACCAACAUCAACUUCAUCACAUUCAAAACAAAGCAAUUUACAAUUUGUAAAAAACAAAAUUCCACAUUUAUCAACUCAGAUAAGUUUGUUUCUUCCUUACUAUGAAUUUUUAAUUCGUGACCACAGCAAUCGACUCAAUGAAGAUUGGCUUGGAUGGACAAAACGUAAUGAACUAGCUAUGCGUGGACGCGUACUGAACUACCUGUCAAGAUUUAAACAUGAAUUGAAUUACCUUGAUCAACAAAUGGAAACAGAAAAUUCAAUUGUUCAAUCACUUCUUUCUCAAGUGGAAUUAUCACUGCCAAUAACAAAAUCAGACAAAUCCUACAACAAACGAACAAAAUAUCCUACCUCGCCCAUUUUUAACUCGGAAUUAUUAUUUCGUCAACAGAUUUGUCAUUUUUUACCAGUAAUAUCAGUUCCAAUAAAUGAUGAAAAUAUUUCAUUGAAUAAAGAAGGUAUUGCAACUUCAUUGCAUAAAAUAAUUAGACCGAAUAAUAUCAAACGAAUUAUUUGGACUGCAGCAAUCAGUUCACUGGUAGAUUUUGAUUGGAAUAGUGAAGAACAAGCGAAUAAUUUAUUUUUAACUGCUAUUAUUGUUGGCAUAGUUAUGAUUAGUUGUAUUGGUACAGUAGAUAUAGGCGGUAAACUUUUGAAAAUUUUGUACAUUCAUCCAACAAUCUCAUUAUCUGAUAAAAAGAAAUGGAAAGCGCGUUCAAGAGAAUCAAACAGCACUGAUGAAUCAUCAUCAAUGAACUAUGAUAGAAAUAUUGAGAAUAUUAUUUUAAUAUCACCUCAACCAGCACCGAUUAUUCCAUGGCCUACAAAACAAUUAUUAAAUAUGAAUGGGAAAUUUAAACCAACCAAUCAACAGACAUCCACUCUUGAGUCGUCAAUAUCAGUAAUGAAACAAUCAGAAAAUCCACUUCCUUUAACUGCUUUUUAUUUAGAUUCUAAUCUUGUAUUAACACCAAGUAAUACGACAUCACCAAUCAUAAAUAAUAAAACAAUACAAUUGGAUAAUAUUUCACAUUCCAUACCUAUUUUCAUUGCUCAUUCGCUAUCAUCUACACCGAUUAUUGCUUUAAAAACAGAUUCAUGGGCUUCCACUGAUCGGCUCUCAGGAGAAUUGUUUGAAAAAACACUUACAGAAUAUUAA